GUUCUCCGUUUGCUGGAGUUGGACUUUUGGAAACAACAUUUCAAAAAGGUUGUUGAGUUUGGUUGCGCAGAAAUGAAAUUUUUUUCGCUACUGAAAACAUUACCCGGAUUAAGACAAGUUUUACAGGACCUAGCCCGGCGGAAAUUGUAAGCUCCCCAAUUAUCGAACACCAGAUUUACGAACGAGCUACGAACCACAGUUCAAAAGAAACAUGCGCGCAGAGUUUCGCAAAUAAAUCUGUACAUUCGAACAAAACAGUUAAGAUAAAUAAAAGAUAAAGAGAAAAUUUUUUGCUACUUACGGCAUUGCAAUUAAAAAUUUAUUUUAUUGGGAAAAAGGCCGAUACAGAAUGAGCUGUCAAAUCCUUUAAAUCAGUCAAAGCCGAGAGAAACGAUCAGUCGAACCCCCUGAAAACCCCUAUUUUUUCUUGGUGCAUUUUGAAACAAAUAUGAUGCGCUAAAGGUAGCUGAUCGAAGAUGACUGCUUUGUGGUGUCAAUUCAAUUUAAUGAAAUGUUCGCUGUCCGGUAGUUUAUUCAAUUUGCCAAUGUUUUAACUUAUUGGAUCCAAUGAAUGAAUUUUAUUCUUUCACUUGUUCAAGUCACUGAAUGUAAAUAUUCAGUGUGUAUCGAACAAGACAACGUGUUAAGAAAGUUAAUAGAUUCCAGACUUUAGGUUUCGCUAGAACCAGAUAUGAAACUGCAUGUUUAACUCAGAUCCUAGUCGUUUAUCAUUUCUCUGAAGUCCAGAGUCAAGAGCAAGCCUUUUCGGAUUCUGCGGGCUAGAAUUUGGUUAACAAAAAUUCAGGCGCCAUGUCGUAGGGUUGUAACCAUACCAUGCGAAAAAUAGAUGUCAAAAGUGUACUCGCGUUUCGUUUUUUAUUCAUCAGUGCUUCGACAUUUGAGUUUCACUUGUUUGUGGUUAAAAAAAUGUCUAAUUGCAAAAGUUUGUCACUUUUACGGUGCUUGGAAAUAUCAUGUGCUUAAAUGGUAAUAAAUUAAUGCGUGCCACAGUUUUAUCUUCGGUAGCGGUAUCUUUUGGAUGCAUAAAUCUCUUUGGGUAAAAUGGAGUAAUUGCCGGAAACGUUAAGCUACCGCGACAGCACGCACCGUAACCUUCCGUCUGUCAAAUCGACAAUCUUUUUUUCUAAUUUUCGGAAAGGACAAAGGAAAAAAGUAAGGAUGAGUACCGAGGAGUUUAUUUAUAGUGUGAUCAACAGUGAUAACGUAGCACAGCUUGAUUUGAAUGUAAUUGCCAACACACUGGCCAGUGUAGACUCGUUGAUCCGACAGAUAAAGAAUCAGCAAGUGGAAAAUGAAAACCUGAAAGAGAAGAUUUCGUCAUUACGAACUUCAGCGUUGCAAAUCAAGCAACUUUACGAGGAUGAGCUUGGCAAGAAUAAAAGAACGUUAAACCGUGAGGAGGAUUACAUAAGGCAGCUGGCAGUACUGGAAGCUAGAGCAUUAACUGCGGAGAAUGCCCGAGUCAAUGCUGAAUUACGCGAAAAGGAAACGGUAGCUGAGCUUGAUCGGCAGCUGCAAAGCAAUAAGGACCGGUAUAAUUCUCUCGCAUGUGAUAUGGUCAGAAACUGUUCUUUGUUAUUGGAAAAUAAUUUACUACCUAGUGAUCAACAGAUGCGGUUUAGAGAUGUUAAAAGUUAUAUUCAAAGUCUGAUUCAAUGUGGGAAGGAAGUACCCGAAGAUGUUGUUGCUUCUUUGAAUCGAAAAAGGACUUCCAGAAGACACCGCAGGUCAGAAAGCGAAGUUUGUGACCAGUCAACUAUGACCACUGGUGUAUCAUCGAUUUCAGUUGGUGUCAAUACUACUGGAAAGUUGUCUUAUCAAUUGACUUCAUCUACGUCAACCCAUGAUCCAGUGGAAGAAAGUGCAAACCGUUCUAGCGAUGAUAUUGCGUUUACAGCAAACUUAAAAAAGUCGGAAUCGGGGAACAAAACUUUUGUUGAUAAAAGUACAAUGUACUCUAGUUCUACUAUUACCCGGUCGACUUGCACAUCAGCAUUCAUCAAGAAAAUCGAUGUUGGCGUCAACUUUCCGGAAGUGAUUCCCAAAUUCAUUAACGAUAUCUUAAGGGAAUGUGUCAUAGAGCUUCCAUCGCCCCUCACUCCAAUAUUGGAUGACAUUCCUGUUCACAGAGAGUCGGUACAUACGCAGACGGAGCCAAUGUCGAUAGAUUUAUUGCAACCAAAGCCGCAAAUAGUUCAUUGUGGAACUAAUACUAACUUGCGUAAUAUUCGCCGCAAAUUGGAUUACGUUCGUAAGAUGGAAAAUCUCCCAGUCAACAGUCAUUUGUUAACCAGCAUCAAAAAAGAAGAAUCUGUAUCACCAGCUGCCCCUAUCAUAACCCUUCCUGCUGCAUUUCCUCAACCAGAGGACCAUCCUGGGGUCAAUCCACAGUUAACCCAGAUAUGGGCCUUGUUGGGUGAUACAAUGUUUCGCCUGUUAGGAGGUGGUCGAAUAUUCGACAACCAGUGUUACACUACACUCAAUGAGCGAGUGACAAUGAUCAAUAAUUUAAUUGAUUCGAAUAACCUAAGAGGAACACACAUGAUGAACAAGGUUUUCGAGGCGGCAUCCGCUGCGAUAAUCUCUGGCGAGAAAGGGUAUGGGGAUGAUAAACAUGUCACAGGUCGACAACGAGAGGACCAAGUAGAAUCCGUGCGCGUUAGUCAGGAGAAAACUGUUCUAGAUAGGGAGGAAGAUCCCACUACAUUAGAUGAGCGACUUGAAGACGAGCCGCUGGAUACUAUCCUCUCUGAAAGUUGUCUUGAUACUGACGAAACCAAUGCUUGCGCUACAGUUGAUGAUUUGUUGACGGAUCGUGAAACAGAAACGGCGAUUUUGGCAGAAAAUUCUGCGAGUUCACUUAGCUUUCCGGUCGAAUCUGAAUUUCAACAAUAUAGUAACCUCGAAACAAUUGAUGAAGCUGGAGAAAGUGAGAAAAUUAACAAUACACCUUUGUCUGCUGGCGGACUUUUUCCAGAACCAGAUUUGCUAUCUGCUGGAGAUGAAUCUAACGAUUUCUCUGCACUAAUACAACAAAACAUUGAUUCAGUCUGUACAAUUGACUCUGUACAUUUGAAUGCCUCUACACUUGAAGAGAACGAUGAAAUAGCAAAAGAAUUAAGACUUAUGGAAGAGGGUAAUCUUCCUACAAACGACUUACUUCCCGAUUCCGUCAAUUUCAGUACAUUAUUCGAAGCCAGUGAAAAAAAUUAUCUCCAUGUGGCUCGCGAUGAAGAUUCAGUUUCAAGUGCAGAUGACGAGUACGAUCGGAUGUUGAUCGUUGAGUGUUCUCCUUCUAAGUCUCCAGCUAGUAGUUCCAGUUGUACCACGAUUGGGAAUAAUGGAACGUUGAUUUCCCCAAUCAAAGUGAAGGAAACCAAUAAACUAGUCAAGGAUCAGUUUAAAACACCGACUAGUCCUGCAAUCAGUAAACGAAAACUGCGUGACCGAUUGGAAGGUGUUUCGCCAAAGCGAGGUCGGAUGUCACCAACCACAGAGACGUUACUGGAGGAUGACUGGGAUCGAAAGCUGUUAACCAUAAAGAAUUAUUUCAGCUUUCCGCUGAGUUUGCAUCCUAUAGAGGAUAGUGGUCAAGGUGGAAAAAAUGUAGAAUUCUCUGGUGACAAAGGCAGCGAAGAGAAUACAGCAGUGAGGGAGAAUGUAGAGUUGUGUAUCCAGCAUGGUGAAAUUGAAUCGAUUCACGGUGAUAUCGAUAAAACGAAAGACUCAAAUCGACUAACAGAAGAUUUGUUGUAUCCUAUGGAAACUCAAGUGGCCACUUCAGUAAUUACUGCCAACCUGCCCAGCUCCAAGGAAUCAGCCGUGAAAGAAACAGUUGCUAGUUCAUCUCAAUGGGAUGAUUUCAAGGUACCUCUAAGAAUUGAUACUGAAUGGGCAGUGGCCACCGCUUGUAACACAGAUUCACCGGAAUCACCUCUAAUAGAAGAUUCACCAAUGUCACCAAUGCCUGAAACAGAAAUGGAUAAGCUUUCCAGUAGUUGGGAAUCUCCUAUGUCUCCUCCAAUAGAAGGUCGAAUGUGUAUCUACAAUGAAAUAGUGGAGCCAAAGAUCAUUCCACUAGAACACGCAUGUGCCAGCCGUUUCUCGCAAGAUUACAUCAGCACGCCCAUUGCGAAAAGCAUUGCUUGUUAUAAAAAGGAUAAGCGUGCUGAAGUAUUGCGCAAACUUGCGCCGGAAGCGAGCAAGACGGAAACCGCUUUAAUUCGAAAAGUAGUUCAGGGUAUCAAAAGCUACAUCAAAAAUGAAUGGACAGUAGAAACUUUACAACAAAGUUGUAUUAAAUUGGUAGAGUUAACCAAUGACACGCGAAUAAUAUCGCUUGCAAUGCUUGAAAGCGUUGUCUCCUAUGGAGAUAUGCCAGUAGAUGUUCAGUGUUCGCCUCCUGCUCCUCCGUUGCCUAAGGUCGUACAGCAGUUGGUAUUACUUGUUAAAACUCUCAAUGAAUCAUUUUGCGAUCUCGACAAAGUGCUGUUGCAAGAAAUUGAUCGAAAGGUUUUCACGCUGAAGUCAGAUAAAGUGAAAAUGGAUGGUUUAAUUGCAUCAACAUAUUUGUACAUUGGGAUUUCUGAUUGUAAUCGGAUGUAUGGUUGCACAGCUAGAUUGUAUAUAUACAAGAGUUUGUAUUAUUUCAAUUUCAAAGGACUACCUCUAGUGUACUACGUACUGAAAGCCUUUCCGCAUGCGCUGCCAAAGAAAAGUAGCCCGCAUUACGAUAAUUCAGAUCCAAUGGUAAGCACUAUCAGAACAGUUUUGAUGAAUAUCAACUACAUGGAACGGGCCAACAGUCCAAAUGCUCAUAUUUAUAAGAAGAGUGAAUUACUCAAGCUGCUCAAAUUUUUUUAUGGCUAUCAGCAGGGCUCUCCAACAUAUGAAGAGCUAAUUGUGAAUCUAGUAGAAAAAAUUAAAGCUAAUAAGUUGCGGAACGUAGACUAUUGCCUGAUUCUAGUGGCCAAACGCAAAGGAUACGAUUGGGCUAAGACGCACAUUGUUCAAAAGUAUCUCUAUCCCUUGUUGAACGAUUAUCUCAAACGGCUAGAUGUAGAUGGAACGUUGAACGAGCAAAUAGCGUGUUUAAUUUUCACCAUUUCAUCCAUCUUGAAAACUCAACCCAAUAGUCAAGAUAUUACUGGUAUUAUGCAAAUUCUGGGUGGUAUCGUUCAAAUGACGGAUGGAAACCAGAAGGUACAGGAAGCAGCCGUUGCCGCACUACUACGCAUGACGCGGUUUGGGUUUGCAGAUAUUUAUGAGUGGCUGUGUAGGUGGUGUCCUAAGUACGAUGUAAGCAGUCGGACGAAACUUAUGCUGGCGACGUUUGUACACCGGAAGGAACAACGGUUUUGGCAGCAGCUCUGCCAAAGAACAAUUGUAUAGUGAUGAAAAAAGGAGUGUGCGUUUGGAAUAGAAACUAUUUAUUGUGUGCUCGAUUCAUCGCAUUGUUUUCUUGGAAGAUGGUCAAGAGAAAUACGAUACGGAAAUAGGCAGAUGCAUCCAAAACAAACAAAAAAAAACUGCGCUUUUUUAUAAGAAAUUAAAACGGAGGCAAUCAAUUUAUGAGAUGUGUAAAUUCCUAGAAAUUGAAUUGUAAAUAACUUAAGUAGAAAAUAAAUUUUCAAUGGAAG